CUACUAUAUAACUCUCUCUAUAAACGGUCCACUGUCACAUGACAAGUGAGAAGCACUGCCGGGCUGAAAUGUCGCACCACUACUCAAGGACCGGCUACCGAAACCUGUGCCAGUGGGUGAACACCAGCGGUGACAAUGUGCCCUACAAUGCGGUAGCGGGAGGAGAGGACUCCGGUGAAGCCAUCUUCAUUGGUAGGGCUGACCACAGCGGCGACGUUGUUCCAGGCAAGAUUGUACCCUCACACGGUGUCUGCUACGUACCGCACGCUGGACGCGAACAUGCCCAUCGUUCAUAUCAGGUACUGGUAUCUUUAGACGAAAGCCAGUUCGACUGGAGACCGGAGUCUGGUGGUCGAUUGCCUCCAGGCGCUGUACAAGGCGGCGUGACGGAGUCAGGCGAGCCGCUCUACAUCGGUCGGACUUUCCACGAAGGCGCCCUCACCAUUGGGAAGAUCCACUGUUCGCAUGGCUGUCUUUAUAUCCCAUACGGUGGAGGCGAGCAUUCUUACCCCUCCUACGAAGUACUUGUCUGUCGUACGGUUAACUUCUGAGCUGGAAGUCAACCUUUGGCGAUCGAGUGUACAAAUAUGUAAUGGUACCCUAAACAAUACUGGUAUGUCGGUGUAGCUCGUUGUCAUCUUCAUAAAUUAGAAAUUUUGUGUACUGUU